AUGAUUUUACGUCUCAGCUUUACCAAAGGAAAUGUUAAGAAAUUUGAUUCAUUUCCAGAUCUUCCAGUUUGCAUAAUGUUUAACAAGACCCAUCAUCAACCUAUCACUUUCUUACUGAUGGGCAUUCCAGGACUGGAGGCUGCCCACAUAUGGAUCUCCAUUCCAUUUUGCCUGGUCUACGUAUUGGCACUUGUGGGAAAUUCUGCCCUUUUACUAACGGUCAAGUCAGACUCCAAACUGCAUGAACCUAUGUACCUCUUUCUAUGCAUGCUCUCUGUGGCUGACUUGAUGCUAACUUCCUCUACACUACCCAAGAUACUCAGCCUCUUUUGGUUCAAAAACAGAGAGAUCUAUUUUGAAGCCUGUCUCACACAAAUGUAUCUCAUCCAUUCAUUGACUACCAUGGAAUCUGGAUUUAUCUUGGCCAUGGCUUUUGACCGCUAUGUGGCCAUUUGCCACCCACUGAGACAUUCUACUAUCCUGACCACUACAGUCAUUGCAGGCUUAGGCUUGGGAAUAUUCUUCAGAGGAGUUGUAUUCCUGAGUCCACACCCUUUCCUCUUGAGGUGGCUUUCCUACUGCAAAACUAACAUCAUCUCCCACACUUACUGUGAGUUCAUGGCCCUGAUAAAGCUGGUUUGUGGUGAAACCAAGAUUCGCCGAGCCUACAGCUUAACCGUGGCCUUCCUAACAGCGGGAUUAGACUUCAUCUUGAUCAUUUGUUCCUAUGUCCUCAUUCUUUUCACUGUCUUUCAUCUUCCAUCCAAGGCUGCCCGCCUCAAGACCUUAAGCACCUGUGUAUCCCAUGUAUGGGUCAUUCUAGGAUUUUAUGUACCAGCCUUUUUCUCCUUUCUUACUCACAGGUUUGGGCACCAUAUUGCUCCACAUGUACACAUUUUUAUAGCUAAUAUUUAUCUCCUUAUUCCACCUAUGAUGAAUCCCAUUAUUUAUGGUGUUAAAACCAAAAGGAUCAGGGAAGGAUUCUUUAAAAUACUAACAUUUAAGGGUGUUUAG